AUGUCAUCCGACGAGACAAAAUACGUCGACCGGGCCAUCCCGACCAUCUCACUCGCCGACUUUGAUGAGCGCGUCGACGAAAUCACCGCGUCACUGGUGGAGGCCGCCGAGAAGGAGGGAUUCUUCUGCGUGGUCGACCACGGCAUCAGCAAGCAAGAGGUCGACGGCAUCUUUGCCCAGUCGGCGCGGUUCUUUGCGCUCCCGGACGAGGUCAAGGCCAAGGUCCCGUUCUCCUCGGCCCACAACGCCGGGUGGGAGAAGAACAGCCAGGUCCGACCGUCCACGGGCGCCGCGGACCGGAAGGAGUCGUACCAGAUGCAGUUCGGCCGCAACAUGGACGGCAAAUGGCUCGACGAAGAGGACAUUGCGGGGUUCAAGGACUCCAGUCUGAAGUUCAUGUGGCGCGUGCAGGAGGUCUCGGAGAGGCUGAUGCUCUGCCUGGCUCGAGGGCUGGGGUUCCCCGACGACUACUUCAUCCGCGCCCACGACGUCAAGAGACCCGAGAGCCAGACCGUCGCGCGGCUCCUGCACUACUUUGAAACUCCGGCAAACACAAACGGAGAGGUGUGGCAUCGUGCCGGCGCUCACACGGAUUGGGAUCUACUCACGUUGCUGUUCCAAAAGGCCGGACAGUCUGGGUUAGAGAUCUGUCCAGGGAGAGAAGUGAGCACAUCUUUCGGCCACGGAGACACGUGGACCAAGGUCGAACCCGACCCAGACACCAACGCCAUCAUCUGCAACAUCGGUGACCUCCUCAUGUCGUGGUCCGACGACCGGUUCAAGUCGACGUUCCACCGAGUCAAGGCCCCCUGCGACCCGGACGACUACUAUGGGGAACGGUACAGCAUCGCCUUCUUCAACCAGCCGUGCCGCGACACCCUCAUCCAGGGGCCCCUCAAGAAAUACCCCCUCGUCACCGGCGAAGAAUUCACCAAAAACGCCAUGAUGCGCAAUUUCAACGCCCUCGAGGCCAAGAGGCUCGCUCUGGCCCAGGCAGAAACGAACAACAACGUCAAGAACCUGUCGGUCGUGGACAGCGGAAACGUGGUUGCCGAGGUCGGUGCAUAA